GGCAGCAAAUUAAUUAAAAAAAGUUAUCCGUAAGGAAAGAAAAGAAAAAAGGAAAAAGAAAAACAUAAAAGUCGGGCAUGAGUCAUCGGAAACACUUGGUUGCCGCGUCACGUCUAUCCACUCAGUUUCCGCCAGCUGGAUUCCUCUUCCCCCUCACGCGUCACCCUCCAAAACCCUACCCAUCCAGCCACCCCAUGCCGCAACCGUGCUCCACCACCACCAUCACCACAGUUACUUCACUUUAAUUACCUCUACUCAUUCAUUUUCGAUUUUUCCGCUACUCUUCAGUUCUUCACUACUUCUUCAUGAUUUGUGCGUAGCGGCUCAGUUUUUCGAUUUCUGGUUUCCGUUUUUCCUCUCCUCGACUUCAGGGAACAGAAUCUUAAUUUCGUUACCGUUGGUUCUCAGCUAGAUUCACGGCUGUCUGUUUCUGCUGUAGUUUUUUGUAGACUUGUUGUAAUUGCCGCCAACAACUGAAAUUGAGCUUCUCGCCUGCCUGACUCGGAUUCCUUUUCCUUCCACCUCAUACCAGGUUCUCUCUCUUUUAUUGUAAAGUACCAAAAUCCGGUAAAAGAAUCACCCAAACAGGGUUACAAAUUUGGGGUACAAUCUGUUGCUGCUCUAAUGGGGACUGGGGAAGAAAGCACUCCAUCAAAAUCAUCCAAACCUGCAUCCGCAGCGCAGGAAGCACCCGUUACACCUAAUACGCCUGUGUAUCCUGAUUGGUCAAGUAAUAUGCAGGCCUUUUAUGGUGCUGGAGCAGCUCCACCUUUCUUUGCCUCAACUGUGGCUUCACCCACUCCCCAUCCUUACAUGUGGGGAGGUCAGCACCCUAUGAUGCCGCCUUAUGGGACCCCAGUUCCAUAUCCAGCUUUAUAUCCUCCUGGGGGAAUCUAUGCUCACCCUAAUAUGACUAUGCCACCAGGUUUUGUACAUGGAACUGCAGAAUCAGAUGGGAAAGGAACUGAUGGGAAGGACCGCUUGUCAAGCAAAAUAACCAAGGGGGCUUCAGCAAAUCAUGGCAUGAUUAGUGGAAAGAGUGGGGAUGGUGGGAAAACAGCUUCUGGCUCUGGAAACGAUGGUACCCACAGUGCUGAAAGUGGUAGUGAAGGUUCAUCAGAUGCAAGUGAUGAAAACAAUAACCAGGACUUCUCGGCAUCCAAGAAAGGAAGCUUUGACCGGAUGCUUGCUGAUGGGGCUAACGCACAGAACCAUGGUGUUCCUACUAAUUUCCCAAAUUCUGUUCCUGGCAAUCCUGUAGUAUCUGUCCCUGCAACUAACUUAAAUAUUGGCAUGGAUUUGUGGAAUGCUACUCCAGCUGGAUCUGGGCCCAUGAAAUCCCGGCCAAAUUCAGUUGGUGUUGCUCAGGCUGUUGCUCCAUCUGGCAUGAUGAAUGAUCAGUGGAUUCAACAGAACGAACGUGAAUUAAAAAGGCAGAAGAGGAAGCAAUCUAAUCGUGAGUCUGCUCGGAGGUCAAGAUUAAGGAAACAGGCUGAGUGUGAAGAGCUACAGCACAGGGUGGAAUCAUUAAAUAGUGAGAAUCGCAGUCUCAGAGACGAGCUGCAAAGGCUUUCUGAGGAAUGCGAGAAACUUGCAUCAGAGAAUAACUCUAUAAAAGACGAGUUAACUAAGAUGUUGGGGGCAGACGCCGUAAGUAAAUUAGAGAAUGGCAAGUCACAUACACACGAGUGCAGUGGAGAUGAAGAAGGUAACUGUUAGGGAGGAAAUUGACAAGCUGCGUAGAAUUCUCUUUUUAGUUUGAAGUCAUACUACUGUGCUUACUAAUCCUCUUAAUAUCCCUAAUUCUUCUACUAGUGUUGUGAUACUUAUAUUAACUUUAGUUAUACCAGGAGUAAGGAUCCCAUUCUGUUUUAAAGUUAGUGAUGGAGUAAUUUUAUGGCUUCUGUUGCUUCUAACCGAAUGUAUUUCUUUUCCUUUUCUUUCUUCUCUUGUUGGAGAUGUAACAUUAAUACAAGUCUUAACUAUCAUCAUAAUAUUCAUACUAGUGACUUUUCACAUCA